CCGGAACCCAGGGCCAGCAGGCUUCCCACUAUGGACGAAGAGCAUCGGCAGCUCCUGCGGCGUUGCCGCGUGCGCCUGGUGGGUGACCUGCAGGUGGCCUCGCUGUGGGACGCUCUGCUGAAUCGCGAGCUCUUCACCCCCGACAUGAUCGAGGACAUCCAGGAUCUUGCCACGUUAUCUGUGUUGGACUUGAACUUGCUUAUCCUCCGACCUCAGCCUACUGAGUAACUGAGAUUACUGCGGGCAGGCUCUGGAUCUCGGCGGGACCAGGCCAGGCAGCUGAUCACAGAUCUUGAGACCCGAGGGAGGCAGGCCCUUCCUUUGUUCAUCUCCUGUUUAGAGGACACAGGCCAGGACACAUUGGCUUCAUUCUUGCGCACAAGUUGGCAAGCAACAAAGAGGGAUCCAGAGGCCAUCAGACCCCUGGACCUUGAGCCUAUGGUGGUGGGACCAAUGGGGCUCAAACCAGAGAAGCUGCAAGUGAUGAAGCCGGAUCCUUCAAACCUGGCCCCAGGAAAUGUCACUCCAGUGGUGCUGGGGCCGGAGGAGCUUGCACCAGCUCAGCUCAGGCCAGAGGUUCUCAGACCAGAAGCACCCAGACCAGUGGACAUUGGCUCUGGAGGAUUCAGUGAUGUCCGUGCUCAGGAGAGGCUGAAGGGAAAUACACAUUUGGCAUAUGUCCUGAACGCGGACCCUUGUGGCCACUGCCUCAUCAUCAACAACGUGAACUUCUGCCCAGCGUCGGGGCUCAGCUCUCGCACUGGCUCCAACAUCGACUGUGUGAAGAUGCAGCACCGCUUCUCCCGGCUGCAUUUCCAGGUGGAGGUUAGGGGUGACCUGACUGCCAAGGAAAUGGUCUGGACUUUGGUGGAGCUGGCACGACGGGACCACCACGCUCUGGACUGCUGCGUGGUGGUUGUCCUCUCUCAUGGCUGUCAGGCCAGCCACCUCCAGUUCCCAGGUGCUGUCUACGGUACAGAUGGAUGUCCUGUGUCUGUCGAGAAAAUCGUGAACAUCUUCAGUGGGACCAGCUGCCCCACCCUAGGAGGGAAGCCCAAGCUCUUUUUCAUCCAAGCCUGUGGUGGGGAACAGAAAGACCAUGGGUUUGAAGUGGCCCGCACUUCCCCCAACGACGAGGCCCCUGGCAGCAGCCCUGAGUCAGAUGCUGUCCCAUUCCAGGCAGGCCCGAGGCCCCGGGAUCAGACUGACGCCCUGUCGAGUUUGCCCACACCCAGUGACAUCCUCGUGUCCUACUCCACCUUCCCAGUUUGGGGCUUCCUCCUCCCAAAGGUUUCGUCUCCUGGAGGGACACCUCACGCGGCUCCUGGUACAUUGAGACCCUGGACGGCGUCUUGGAGCGCUGGGCUCCCUCGGAAGACCUGCAGUACCUGCUGCUCAGGGUUGCUAAUGCUGUGUCUGAGAAAGGGAUUUACAAACAGAUUCCUGGUUGCUUUAAUUUCCUCCGGAAAAAACUUUUCUUUAGAACCGAAUGAGAUCAGGGCCGCACACUCUGUCUUAUCAUUCACUCCACACCCUUCCUGCUGCAGCAGGCCUGGAGGUGGCUGCAGCCCCAAUGUCCCUCUAAGUCAAGGUGUUGGGAGACGGCACUUCCGUGACUGGUCUCAGGAGCUCCCAGAUUGAAGAGCAGUGCCCAUUCGUGGAGGAAGAGGAGCAGAGAGCUGUGGACUCCAUGAGGCCUCCUUCUCAGAGCUGCCCUGGGCUGAGCCUGGCUGUCACCCUAUUCUCUAGAGCUGAGCUCCUCACCCUGCACUGCUGCCGUGGAGCCCAGAUAACCCUUGGUCCUGGGCUCAGCCUGACCAUCAUAGGCUGCUUUGUGCCCUCCCUGGCCUCCACCUGCCAAUGCCAGUAGCAGCCCUCCACCCUGCACUGUGCUGAUCAAAGACAUCUUCAGACAUUGCCAGCUGUGCCCUGGGACAGAGGUGUCCCCCUGGAGCAGUACAGAUCUGCAGGGAUUUGUGGCUACAGACAAAGCAGUCUCUGUCAGGUGAACAAGCUUAGGCUACUGGAGUCUAAACAGCUUAGGUAGGCCUGGGGAUUCUAAAUGAAGUUUCAGGGGUGGUUAACAUUCCUUUUAUUACUUUUUUUUUGGCACCAGGGAUGGAACUCGUGACCUUGCGCUUGUGAGGCAGGUGCAGGAACCACUGAGCUAAAUCCCUGGCCCCUAUCCUUUUAUUAUAUUAUUGAGUCUUAAAAAAUAAAUCUUAGGUGAAUAUGGA